CGAAGCUAGUGGUUCGGAACAUCCUCCCGGGCCGCCUAUAAAGUGAGGCCCUGCUCGCCCGCCCCCCACCGCACCCCGUCGGGCGAUAGUGUUCUGGCCCUCUUCUUCCUUGAUAUUUUGGGCGACAGAGCUCGUGGAGAAAGUGCAGAUACAACUGGGAGAUAAUGAGUGCAAUGGCUGUAUCGUCGGGAGCGGCAAUGAAGUCUACGCUGAACCCAAAUGCUCCACUCUUCAUCCCGAUGGCACUGCAACAGGUGGAGGAUUUCUCACCAGAAUGGUGGGAGUUGGUGAACACCACCACUUGGUUCCGCGAACAUUGGUUCCACCGCAACCAAGAUCAAGAAACCUUCGAUGUUAAUGAUGAGGAGGAUGUGGCCAACCUGCUGCCAGACACUAUUGAUCUUGGAAUCGGGGAUGAAUUAUCCAUUAUCGAGGCGGAGCUUGAUGAUGCAGCUUUCCGCCAAUCCGUGGUAGCUGCAGAGGCCCUGAAGAAAGGAAUAAUUGACUAUGGGUUUCUGAACGAUGAAGAGUCGGUGGUGAGGAACCUGCGCUUGAAAUCUCCCAAGAACGCUGUCAGACCAAUCCUGCAAUCAGCAAAAUACUGGGAGAAACCCGCGCAGCGUCCGAACCCAAUGGGCAGCCCCCGCCGUAUGAUUCAGCAGCCUCGCUGAGAGCCUUUGUUGUAUAGAAGUAAAAAUGCGACUGUUAGCUGUAGUGCUGUUUAGCUACUCACACCAAACUCCAUGAACACAAAAAAGAGGGUGAAAAAAAGGGGUGUAAGACAGUUGGUGCACUUGCAUAACUUCUUACAACCGUCAGAACAUUUUCACUGUUCCCAUCUCUGUGAAAUUAAGCGUAGUGUAAGAGUCCUUCGUGCUA